CAGCGUGCUGUGCGGGCCGGGCGCCUUUAACGGAGGCUCCGUUAGCCCAGGGCGCUCCAGGGGCAGCGUGCUGCCGCUCGCAGGGCUGCUCUCUGCUAACGCUCACGCGUCGGCCCGGCGGAGACCCUGGCAAUGUUGACGGGAGGUCAGAAGAGUGUGAGGUCAGAAUUCACCUUCCAGCACGUGCCCUGAGAGCAUUAGCUGUUUAUUUAUGUUCAGUAGACGCGGCACGACGCCGAUAUUCAGGUCUGCAAGAGGGUAACGCCAGAUUUGUGAACCAGCAGCACGCGUGGGUAAUUGCUCCUUAAACACCCGGGGCCAAGGGGAGUCUCCGGAGAUACAUCUCCCAUGCAAAACCCAUUGCCACAAAUUAUCUGAGUCCGUCAGAGCUUCCUUUCACGGAAGCGCUGUACAGUGAACCUCUGCUAUUAAGUUUGCUCGAGAUCAGAAACGCACGUACAAACGCGGCGCCAUUUUCCACGCCCUCCUGAGCAGUGCCAUGCGGUCACCGCGCCUCUCCUUUCCCCUUCGGCAGCCGCUGAGCGGCAGAGGGCCGCCACCGCCAUUCCGGGAGCUCCGAGCACAAGACAGGAACGGAGAGAGGGCAGACGGAGCGUGCCGGUUACGCACGGAGUGAACGUGGCAAAAGAGAUCACGGCGUAACAGGGCAACUCUUCGUUCGGGUGCACCGACACCAACCCACGCCGCCCACAUCCCCGCGAGGCACGGCGCUUCCCUGAAGCCCCGCCGGAAGCAGCCGCGCCGGGCGGGGCGGGGUUGUGUGUCGGCCAUGGCGGCGUGCGGCACGGUGGGGAGGCUCUCGGCGCUCUCGGUGUACCGCCGGGCGGCGGGGCCCGGGCGGCUGGAGCGGCGCCGCCGUGGGACGCCGCUGCCCGCGGGUGGUAAGCGGGCCAAAGCGCGAUCGAGGCGCGGCGCGGCGGGAGGAGGCGGCCCGGAGCGGGCUGCGCCGCCGCGGGGCGCCGCUGUCCCCAACCGCGUGGAGCGGGCCGGGAGCCCCGAAGCCAAGCGGCAGGGAGACCUUAAAACGAGCUCGGGCGGCCCGCCCGCCGAGGCUCCGGCCGGAAGCCUCGGAACCAAGUCACCCGGAGGGCCUUUGACAACUCCGGGCGGCUCGCGGGACGAGGCUCCGGACGGAAGCCCCGAAGCAAAGCCACCCGGAGACCCCGCAGCCAGCCCAGGCGGCGGCGUGCUGGGGCUGCUGCGGCGGCUGGGGCGGCUGGAGGACAGCCGGCGGCGGGCGGCAGAGCUGUUCCGGUGGCUGGUGGCGCCGGUAGCACCGGAGGAGUUCGCGGGGCGGCACUGGGAGCGGGCACCGCUGCUGGUGCAGCGGGGCGACCCAAGCUACUACGCGGGGCUGUUCUCCACGGCUGACUUCGAUGCCAUUUUGCGCAGCGGCGAUGUGCGCUUCGGGACCCACCUGGACGUGACCAGCUACGCUGAGGGGGUGCGGGAGACGCACAACCCCGUGGGCCGGGCACUGCCUGCUGUUGUGUGGGACUUCUACCAGAAUGGGUGCUCCCUGCGGCUCCUCAGCCCCCAGGCCUUCUCCACCACCGUCUGGCACUUUCUCUCCAUCCUGCAGGAGCACUUCGGGAGCAUGGCCGGGGCCAACACCUACCUCACACCGCCAGGCACACAGGGCUUUGCCCCUCACUACGAUGACAUCGAGGCCUUCGUGCUGCAGCUGGAGGGCAAGAAGCACUGGCGCGUUUACAGCCCCCGGACGAGCUCUGAGGCACUGCCCCAGUUCUCCAGCGCAAACCUCACGCAGGCAGAGCUCGGUGAGCCCCUGCUGGAAGUGGUGCUGGAGGCUGGAGACCUGCUAUACUUCCCCCGGGGCUAUAUUCACCAGGCCGACUGUCUGCCAGACGCACACUCGCUCCACAUCACAGUGUCCUCCUACCAGAGGAACUCCUGGGGUGACUUCUUGGAGAAGCUCCUCCCAGCUGCCCUGCAGAUGGCCCUGGAAGAGGACCUUGAGUACCGGCAGGGGCUUCCCGUGGACUGCCUGGGGUACAUGGGCGUUGCCAACUCAGAUGCAGUCGACGCUCGCCGAACGGCAUUUGUGGAGAAGGUGCAGCACCUGAUAAAGAAACUUGUUGACUACGCACCCAUUGACGCUGCCAUGGAUCAGAGAGCUAAGUCAUUUCUUCAUGACUGUCUCCCCCCAGUGCUUACACAAAGGGAGAAACAGCUGAGCGUGUAUGGCUUUCCGGCCCAGUGGCAAGAUGGAGGGCCCCGCAACGUCGAUGUACUAAUAACAAAAGACACAGAAGUACGUCUUCUCCAUCAUGGCAUUGUUAGACUGUGCAAUGAAGAAGCAGGCGUGAUGCUGUAUUAUACAACAGAAAACUCAAGAGUGUAUCAUAAGGAAGAACCCAAGUACCUUGAGAUAGAUCCUGAGUAUACAGACAGUAUUGAAUUUCUCCUGUCCUCCUAUCCAAACCAUGUCAGUGUGGAUACCCUCCCAUGUGAUACCUUGGAGGACAAGAUUUCUCUAGCCACGCUCCUGUUUGAGAAGGGCAUUCUGACUACUAAGAAGCCACUGGUGCAAGUGUAACUCUUAUUUUUGAACAAAAUAAAAAUACAUUUGUUUAAAAAA